AUGAAAGCCAUUAUUAAGGUAAUGAUGCUGGGCUUCUCUUUGCUGCAGAUGUGGUUUUUGAACACCUUCCGCGAGUUUCAGAACGCGCUGCAUGACAAGGACAAGGAGAAGUUCUACGCGACCCUUUUCCUGAUGUUCAAGGUGGUGCUGAGCAUCAUGCCCCUCUGGGGUCUGCGAGAGCUUCUGCGCGGCACGCUGGCCCUGGAGUGGCGCCGCUACCUCACGGGGGCCCUCCUGACCCGAUACAUCGGAGACUCGCGGAUGUACUACCGUCUGAAGCUCUUGGGCAAGGGCCUCGACAACCCAGACCAGCGCAUUGCGCAAGAUUGCGGCGAGUUCACAGACGCGAUUCUGCAGUUCUUGGCCCUGUUGGUGCAGAACAUCAUGCUGAUCCUCUUGCAGUCCUCUCUCUUGUUCAACAUCUCGCGUGACCUCUUCUACUUUGUCGUGGUCUACUCGGUGGUCUUGAACGUGCUCACCUUCGUGGUCUUCGGCGGCCCGCUGACGCGCCUGAGGCGGCGCACGCUGGCGCAGGAGGCGACGUUUCGCUUCGGCCUCGUGCGGGUCAGAGAGCACGCAGAGUCCAUCGCCUUCUACAGCGGCGCCGGAUUCGAGCGCUGGCGCUGUCAGGAGCUCUUCACCAGCUUAAUGCACACCCUCUACAGAAUGCUGGGCGUUACAGUCAGCUUCUCCGUCAUCUUGGCCGCCGCCAACUACGUGGUGCGCGUGGCGCCUUUCGCUGUCUUGGCAGGCAAGUACUUCGCUGGAGACAUAGACUUCGGAGCCAUGAUGGAGGCCUUUUCGAUUCUCUCCGGAUUGGAGACGGCCUUCACAACCCUUGUGUCUCAGAUGAGUGCGAUCACUGACAUGGGAGCGCAGGCAAUACGCAUUCAACAGAUCUGGGAUUUGGUGUCCGAGCGAAGUGAAGAGUUGGCGGACAAUCCUGCCAUAACGCUGGAGCGGGAUGCUGGCAACAACGGCCAGGAGCCACCGGUACUUCUCCAGAUGGAGGAGGUGACUCUCCAGACGCCAUCAGGCCAUGCAGUGUUGGUGGAGCGCCUGUCGUUCCAGCUCAAGCAAGGUGAGUCGCUGCUGUUGUCUGGCCCCAGCGGCGUUGGCAAGAGCUCGCUGCUGCGGUGCAUCGCAGGACUCUGGGGGCGAGGCACUGGAAGCAUCCGGUGCUGCCCCCAGAGGCAGACGUUCUUUCUGCCUCAAGAGACGUACCUUUGCCUGGGAUCGCUGCGCGAGAACGCCAUCUACCCGCAG